AUGGGUGUAAUACGGAAGAAGACCGCCUCGCGCGGCACUGAAGCGGGCACCAAGUAUCACUGUGAUAUUUGCUCGGUUGAUGUGACUUCGACGGUUCGCGUAUCUUGCGCCCAUCCCGCCUGCCACGAAUACGAUCUCUGCGUCCCCUGUUUCGCUGCCGGAGAGAAAUCCAAGAACCAUGACCCGUCGACACAUCCGUUCCAGGUGAUUGAACAAAACUCGGUCCCGAUCUUCGAGGAAGACUGGGGUGCGGACGAGGAGCUCCUGCUGCUGGAAGGCGCCGAGAUCUACGGACUGGGCUCAUGGGCGGACAUUGCAGACCACAUUGGCGGUUACCGCACCAAGGAGGAGGUCCGCGACCACUACAUCAGCGCCUAUAUCGAUAGUCCAAACUUCCCGUUACCGGAACGCGCCGAUCCGGAUGACAAGCGCCUCUCGGAGGCCAUUUCGAAGGAAGAAUUCCAGGCGCGGAAGAAACGCCGCAUUGAGGAGCGCAAAGAAGCGGCCAAGGCAGCGGCCCCCACAACACCGAAGCAGAAGCCUACGGCCAGUGUACCGGCUUGUCACGAAGUGCAGGGUUACAUGCCGGGUCGGUUGGAGUUUGAGACGGAGUUUAUGAACGAAGCCGAGGAAGCGGUACAGCAUAUGACAUUUGAGCCUGGCGCGGGCGAGACAGCGAACGGCGAGACGGACGCGGAGAUGGAACUGAAGAUGACCGUAGUGGAUAUCUAUAACUCACGGCUUACUGCGCGCACGGAGCGCAAGAAGAUCCUUUUCGAGCACAAUCUCCUCGAGUACCGUAAAAACACGGCGCUGGAGAAGAAGCGCACGAAAGAGGAGCGCGAUCUGCUGAACAAGGCGAAGCCGUUUGCCCGGAUGAUGAACCACGAUGAUUUCGAAGAGUUCAACAAGGGUCUUGAGUACGAGCACAACCUGCGGCUAGCCAUCACGCAGCUCCAGGAGUGGCGCCAGAUGGGAAUUGGCGAUCUCAAGGGUGGAGAGAAAUACGAACAGGAGAAGCAACAGCGGGCACAGCGGCUGAUGCCGCAGGGCUCAUUUGAUCGGUUCGCCAGCACGCGACCGACGAAGCAGUCGCAGCAACCAGAACAGCCAUCCGCCGCCAGUCAGCUGACGACCCCGGAGCUCCCUCUCCGGUUACAAAAGGCGUCUGGGGCGCCUAAGGCACCAGAGCCUCCCAACCCGCCGAUGAAUGAUUUUGAUCGGGCGUUUGCCGCCACCAAUGGCGACGGGAUCAGCACGCCGCAGCCAGCAAAGACCAAGUUCGUGAUCCAGCCACUAAACGGAGUGAUUCCGUGGAAACUGGAGAACGAGGGAGCACCGGAUUUGCACCUGCUGACAAAGGAGGAAGUCGAGGUGUGCAAUGUGCUGCACAUGCAGCCCAAGCCGUACCUGGUAAUUAAGGAGACGUUAUUGAAAGAGGCGAUGAAGCAGGGCGGCAGUUUAAAGAAGAAGGACGCGCGAGCUAUUUGCAAGGUCAGUCUCCUUCCCCCCACUGCCAGCAACAGGAGAUGUAUGGGUGUCUGA